UUUUUAAUUGAUAAUUUAUGUAUAAAAAAUGUAUUAAUUAAUGAUGAUGUUGAUUUUGUGUCGUAAUUCUUAUUAUUUAAUUGAUUCAUUUUUAAACAAUAAUUAAUGAUCUACAACAAUUGAGCAAUAUUCUGCAAAUUUUACACAGUUUUUUUUUAAUCUUUCUAUGAAAUUUCAACUUAUACUAAGCCUGAAGGUGGCGCUGUCCUCCGGGGGCCAUCUUGGAUGGUACACAUACACAACUCUGCAUUGCUUCGCUAUGAUCCUGUCCGUCAUCCUGUCUAAUUAGUUGUUUAAUAAUAGCUCUAUGGAAAGGGUACAGUUAUGAGUUAUUAUUGUAUGGCCCCAGCAGUCGCCAAAAACGCACGCUAUAGCGUAGGUACAGUAAUAGGCCUAUACGGGAAGUCUUCCACAGUAUGCAGUGAAUAAGAAAACACUUUAAUUUAUAUUGCAAAACACUUGUAGUUGUGUAAGAACAAAAUGGAAAAUAACAAGGAAGAGAUGAAAUACAAAUGCGAACAUUGUGGAGAACAUGUUGAUUUAAUUACUUUGCGGUCCCAUUUGGGAAUUAAGAGAGAGGAGGUAGAAAGGACCCAUUUCGGAAUUAAGAUAGAGGAGGUAGAAUUUGAACAAUGUGAUUAUGUUGAAGAGCCAUUUGAUCACUCAAGCAAUUUAAGAGAUUUGAUAGAUACAAAGGAGAUAUUCCAUGAAUGUGAAUAUUGCAAAAAAGUAUUUAAAAGCCAAUAUGCUUUAAGAGGUCAUAUGAGGAUACAUAAAGGAAAAACACUACAUGAAUGUAAACACUGCGGUAAGAAAUUUGAAAACGGCAGCAGUUUAAGAAGUCAUUUGUUGAGGCAUACAGAGGAGCGACCGUAUGAGUGUGAACACUGCGGAAGGAAAUUUAAAAGAAAUAGCAGUUUAACCAGUCAUUUGGAGAUGCAUACAGGAGGUAAACAUGAAUGCGAACACUGUGGGAAGAAAUUUAACACUAACAACAAUUUAAAAAGCCAUUUAUUGAUACAUACAGAAGAGAAACCAUAUGAAUGUGAACACUGUGGAAAGAAAUUUAACACUAACGGCAAAUUAAAAAGUCAUUUGACGAUACAUACAGAAAAGCAACCAUAUGAAUGUGAACACUGUGGAAAGAAAUUUAACACUAACGGCAAAUUAAAAAGUCAUUUGACGAUACUUACAGAAGAGCAACCAUAUGAAUGUGAACACUGUGGAAAGAAAUUUAAAACUAAGGGCAGUUUAAAAAGCCAUUUAUUGAUACAUACAGAAGAGAAACCAUAUGAAUGUGAACACUGUGGAAAGAAAUUUAACACUAAAGGUAAAUUAAAAAGUCAUUUGACGAUACAUACAGAAGAGCAACCAUAUGAAUGUGAACACUGUGGAAAGAAAUUUAAAAGAAAUUACUCUUUAAAAAGUCAUUUAAGGAUGCAUACAGGAGAGACACCAUAUGAAUGUGAACACUGCGGACAGAAAUUUAAAUUUUAUUCUGGUUUAAGUCUUCAUUUGAUGAUGCAUACAGGAGAGAGUCCAUAUGAGUGUGAAUACUGCGGAAAAAUGUUUGGAAACAACAGCAGUUUAAGAGUUCAUUUAAGGAAACAUACAGGAGAGACACCAUAUGAAUGUGAGCAGUGUGGACAAAAAUUUAAACACCGUAGUGGUGUAAAACGUCAUUUGAUAAUGCAUGCAGGAGAGAGACCAUAUGAAUGUGAACAUUGUGGAAAGAAAUAUAAAACGAAGUGCAAUUUAAAAUGUCAUUUGAUGAUGCAUUCAGAGGAGAGACCAUAUGAAUGUGAACAAUGUGGAAAGAAAUUUAAAAGGAAUCGCUGUUUAAAUGUUCAUUUGAUGAUACAUGAGACAGGAAAAAUACUAUAUGAAUGUAAACACUGUGAAAAUACAUUUUUUAAAAGCAGUGUUAAUUUAAAACUUCAUUUAAAGAUGCAUACAGGAGAGACCAUAUGAAUGUGAACACUGUGGAAAGAAAUUGGAAAGAAAUUUAAAAGCAAUGGCAAUUUAAAAGGUCAUUUCUGAAUAGGAACAUACUGGAGAGAGAUGCUCUAAAAAUAACUUCCUCAAAAUUAGGAAAAAAAUAUGUUUGGAAAAUUUGCAGAAUAGACAGCAGUUAUGCACAAGAGUAUCUGAGGGUUAGAAUGCCAAUGAGUUGAAUAGCUGCUGCAGCAUUGUGGAAUAUACCGGUACUCCCACAGGCAGGGGCUGUGCCAGGAUUUGCCUGAUGGGAGGUCAGAAGUCCCUGACAGGGCUGAUGUCACUCGAGAAAAAAAAGUGGCCGUGGUCAGGCAUCGCCCCCAAAAACUUUAACAAUGUAGUGGUUCCAAAGGCUUAUUUAAGAGUCUUAGAUUUUAGAGUCUAUUAAUAUGUAGAAAAUAAUAUUGUGGUUUUUCUCACCCCUUGGCCCCUCCUCUGUAACGCCGCCACUGCCCACAGUAGUAUGUGUGUAAAAUAGAGCAACUUGUGUAGCGCCCUCAAUUGGGUAUGGAAAGUUUGAAGUACAUUAGUAGAUCGCCUAGUAACCAGAUCACAAUGCGUAAAUUGAAGUAAGUUAAAUUCAUCAUAAUGAGAUAUGUAGAGAUAAUUUCAUUGUUAUAUUAUGAUUCUUUGAUUCAGUGUUAUAUGCUUUGGAGUUUGCAAUGACCUAAUUAAAGUUAAGCAGACAAGGGAGACGCAAGCGCUGGUAGAGAGUUGGUCUUUAUAGGCCUAGGAUGGCCCUACGAAUAUUUCAUGUGUUUCAUAGAUUUAUCGAUGUGGGCUUUGUUAAUUAUUAUCUUGUAUGUUUAACUACAGAAUAAAACCAUUGUGAGAUGGAUGAAACUGAACAUAAAA